UGGCUGCGCCCUGCGGUCGGCGUGUGUGUAAACACUCCGAGUUUUGAAACGAUUUAAAUCAAAGAUUUAACGUUUAGAUGUAAAACACACGCGCACAUCUGCAGCAUCGUGUUUGUCUAAUGUUUGAAACAGAAAGGCAAAGAUGAAGAUCAAAUCCAAGUCCUCGUAUCAUAAAUCUGAAAACACAUUCAGGUUUCUCACUUUUGCUGAGAGACUUGCCAAUGUGAACAUCGAUGUGAUUCACCGUAUUGACCACACAGGCUCCUAUGCAGAGGAAGUAGAGACAUACUUUUUUGAAGGGCUCACAAAAUGGAGAGACCUGAACUUGACAGAUCAUUUCACCACAUUUCUGAAAGAGGUCACAAACAAAUGCCAGUCCUUCAAUCUGCUGGUGUUCCAUCAAAAGUCAAUAGUGGAGAGUCUGAAGAUGCAUCUUGCCAUCAAAAACAGCCUCGCCUUCCAGCCACUGUUAGAUUUGGUGGUCCAACUGGCCAGAGAUCUGCAGGCAGACUUUUAUCCACACUUUCCAGACUUCUUCCUCCUGAUCACAGCUCUCCUGGACACCAAAGACACAGAGCUGCUGGAGUGGGCCUUCACCUGUCUGUCCUACCUCUACAAAUAUCUGUGGAGACUCAUGGUUAAAGACAUGGUCAACAUUUAUAGUUUGUACAGCAUACUGUUGGCACAUAAGAAGGAGCACAUCAAAAAGUUUGCUGCAGAGAGUUUCUCCUUUCUGAUGAGAAAAGUUCCUGAUUUUGAUGCCCUCCUCAAUCACGUGUUUUCAGAUCUACAACAGCAUCCUGAAAAAGCCGAAGGGACAGGGCAGCUGCUGUUUGAGAUGUGCAAAGGAGUUAGAAACAUGUUUCACUCAUGUACUGCAAAUGCUCUCUCUGUGGCCCUGCGUAAACUGGGACCCACCACUUGUUCUGACCUCUCUCUGCCCUGGGACACUGUCAGAGACGCUCUCGAUCAAAUGGCUCAAUCUGCCGCUGAUCAUGUGAACAAAGAACACUUCCUGGUUAUGUUUGAGUGUUUACAAUCCAGCAUAGCUGAGGUCCAUGGUGUAGUUGAGGCUAAGGGGGACAAAACAGAGGAGGCGAUAGACCAACUGGAGCGACUGCUGUUCAUUUUCCACACACUGGUGUCACACAGAGAUGGAGCCAAGGUCACAAAACCAGAGGAGGUCUGCCAGGUGGUCCUAAAGUUGGUUCAGUGCCCUUCUCUGUCAGCCUCUUGCUUCCGUCUGCUUCUCCAGAUUAUCUCGUCUUUACUGUUGGGAGAGAAUGUCACACUACCAAAUGCUCUCAUUCAGCAAACCAUUCAGAAGGUUUUGAACAGUAACAUCAACAAAGAUCUGAUCCUAGAGUUCACCAAAGAAAUGUUCACCAUGAAACAGUUUCGUCAGCUCUUCCUGCCCAGCCUCCUGCGCUUCUCUGCUGGGCUCAUGACCUCAGGUGAACCCCAGUCGUUGCGCUCCGGUCUUGAAGUAAUGGUCCAUCUGAUUCUGGCCAAAGCACCACCCCCCACAGAUGGGUCCCUGGCUUUUGAGACAUACCCACUGCUUUUCACGGGUCAGACAACAGGUAUAGAUGUACAUGAUAAUAGCACGACACUAGAGCCCCCUGCUGUACCGGAAAUGGUUCUUUCUUUGGUCAAAUUUCCCGAGGACAGAUCAGCAAUCACAGACCUGUCUCACCUAUGGGCUGCGCUGGUGCUUCUGCCACACCUCAGACCACUGCCUGCUGCAUCAGUGCUUCCUCCUGUUACAGCCUUUUUGAACCAUCUACUCCAUCAAAUAGAUUCAGAUAAACUGGGAAAAGCGGGGUUAUUUGUGGCCAGACAGGCUUUGAGCUGCCUCCUCACAGUGGACAACUCUGCGAAUGUCCUUUCAUUGAUCUCAGUGGAUAAGAUCACCUCUAUCCUACAGAAAUUUCCCACAGACCUCUCUUGCCUUCUUCUGGGAGACUUGUACUUCACCCGUCUGGCCUUGAGUGGGGUUUCUGAUCAUCUUUCCCACGAUGCAUUGCUGCAGCUGUACCAGAUUCUGCACAAUAACCUAUCCUCUAACAUUUCCAUGAUCCGCCUGCUUACUUUGAGGAUCUUCUCCCAUUUUGAGGCAAAUUUACCUGCACCAGCUGAGGGAGAGGAGAGUGUGGAGGCACAGUGUGUGUUUGCGAUCUGUCUUCAGGCUGAACUGGUCCCAGCCUCAGUUCAGGACUACAGAGAGAAACUGCUCCACCUCCGAAAACUGAGACAUGACCUGGUCCAGCGCAGCCUCCCCAUGGGACCUACUGGCACCUUCCCACAGGUGCCUCUGCGAUAUCUGAUAGCAAUGCUGUUUGUAAAUUUCAGACCACUGUGGGAUGCAGUUAUUGAGCUCAUUGUGAGCCAUGCCCGAGGAAUGGACAACAAAGAUUUUUGGAGAGUCUACCAUGAACAGUUGGAAAUGGUGGCUACACUGGCAGAGAAAGAGAUGGAGGACACUGACAAUGAUGAUACUGAAACCCCAGACUCCACUCUCCAGUCUGAACAGGGCUGUGACUGUAUAGAAAGUGGUGAUGUGGGGGUGCUAUUCAUAGAGCAACUGAAGACAAGCUCUAAACCCAAUGACAGGACGGACUUUCCAAAUUUCCGCAGUCUCCUUUGGAAAGCCAUGUCCCAGUUUCCUGACAGAGUUGAACCACGGAGCAGAGAGCUCACCCCACUGCUGCUAAGAUUUGUCAGGAAUGAGUUUUACAGUGCGGAUAUGCUGGUGGCUCCGACUCAGGACUUGAGAAAGAGAGAUACUGAAGCCCUCUCAGAAACAGCAAUGGUCGUCGAUGAGGAAGAGGAGCAGGAGGAGGAGGAAGAGGAAGGAAAACAACAGAAAAAAACUUUACCCAGGAGAGCUGCUGCCAAACAGCUGACUACUCAUCUGAAAGUGUUUGCCAAAUUCACCAAUCCUCGUUCACUGUACAUGGAGGCCAGUCUCAGUGAGCUCUAUCAUCAGUUGCUUUGUCACCAGGAUCAGCACAUUCAGCAGGUAGCACUAGAGUGUGUCCUCACAUACAAAGACCCCCACAUUGUGCCGUACAAGGAGAACCUUGAGAGACUCCUGAAUGACAAACAUUUCAAAGAGGAGAUUGUUCAUUUUAACAUUUCAGAGGAGACUGGGGUUGUGGACUCUUCACACAGGGCAAAACUUAUCCCACUGCUCAUGAGGCUGCUUUUUGGCCGGCUCCGGACCAAAGCAGGCAGUAAGUUCCAGGGGAAAGCCAGUGCUGCGUCUCGUUCCUCCAUCAUCCUGCGCUUCCUGGCUGGCUGUCAGUCUGAGGAGCUGGGCAUGUUCAUCAACUUGCUGCUGGAGCCUCUGUCCCACCACUCUCAAGGUUCAUGUGUGGAGGCAGUGGAGCGAGCUGUAGCAGACACAGAUGUAGGUGCUGUCCUUCCUCUGGGACGUGUGCACUCUCUGCUCAACAUCAUAACCGUGGUGAUGGACAAACUUGGACAUCUCAUCCACUCGUACCUGCCCAAACUCCUGCAGAUUCUCCUUUGUGUCACCGCUUCUGUGUCCACGCUGCUUGACCGAAGGGAACAGUUGCGUGCUGGAUGCAUCAGCCCUUUGAAGAACCUGAGGCGACUGGGUGUUUUGCGGAUGCUCGACUUUUUUGACAAUUUUGACUUCUACAAUUUCACUCCAGAUGAACUGGAUGCAGUGUUUGUCGGUGUGGUCUGGCCUCAGAUAUGCCGUUUACCCACUGAAAGCCCAUACUCUCCCACUCCCCUGCUCAAACUUAUCCAUGUUUGGUGCAAAAAUGCUCGGUAUUUCCCCCUCUUGGCCAAACAGAAGCCAGAACACCCAGAGUCUGAUGUUCUCCUCAAUGUUUUUGCACUACUAUCAGCCAAAAAUGCCUCAGCAGUAACCAUCACUACAGUAAUGGACAUCGCAGAAACACUGGCAUCCACUGAGGACUUUGUGGCAUCAGAGACAGAGACUGAGUUGACUGUAAACGGCAGUGUUCUUCCCCAGCCAGCAGAGGGCACUCUCACAGCAGACUCCCUGACCAAAGGCUCCAGGCUACUGCUCCCUCACAUCUCUACUCUGCUGCAGUACCUGAGCUCCGUCGUACGAAACACCGAGCGACUCAAGAAGAAGAAAUUCAGAGCCCAAGUGGCCCGUGAACUCAACAUACUCUCCAAGAUCAGUCGAUUUGUUAGUGACAAAGAACAAAGCUCUGUGCUCAUCAGCCUGCUGCUCCCUCACCUCCAGAAAGGAAACAACCCACCGGAGACAGAGAUUGAUGCCUUGGCCACAGUUCAGAAUUUACUGCGUCAGUGUUCGAAUUCCUCCUCUUUCCUGCGACCACUGAGCAAACUUUUCUCUGUCAUCCACAAGAAGAUUCCCAGACAGGCCCUCGUCAGUGUCUUCCAGACAUUGUCAGAUUUGGAGCCCUCACUCACAUACAUCACUGACGUCGCCACCAAGCUUAAUGCCUUUGACAGUCGACAUUUGGAUGAAAUCUACUUUGAUGUUCGAUUGGAGGCCUUUCAAGAAGUGACGAGGCGUGUGAGAGACAUGCAGACUCUAGACUUGGACUUUAUCUUCACACUCAUACACAACUGCUUUCACACUUAUGAGAUCGGUGACAUGUCCCUGGGAGACAACGCCACCUUGUGUUUGUCUGCAAUCAUUGAACAGCUGGCAGUGGUUGGAGCUGGAGAGCAGCUUUACAGAGAUGUCAUACAGCACACUGUUCUGGAUGCUGUGCUCAAAGGCCUACGCAGCAAAACAGAGAGUGUCCAGCACGAGUACACCACAGUGCUGGCUUGUUUGGUGAAGACAUUCCCCUCAAAGAAAGAGUUCAGAGACUUGGUGCAGCUCACAGACUACAAUGACCCCGAGUCAGACUUCUUUGAACACAUGAAGCACAUCCAGAUCCACCGUCGAGGUCGAGCCUUGAGAAAACUGGCCAAGCAGCUGACAGAGGGCACUGUGGUCAUAAGUCCUCGCUCCCUUCAGAGCUACAUAAUGCCAUACGCCAUGACGGCACUAAUGGAUGAGAAGAUGCUAAAGCAUGAGAACAUGAUAUCGGCCUCAGUGGAGGUGGUGGGAGCUGUGUGCCGUAAGCUCACCUGGUCCAAGUAUUUGUAUUAUCUCAAACACUUUGUUCACAUCCUACAAACUGCACAAACUGAGCAGAAACUGGCUGUGAGCUUGCUGGUUACUGUUUUGGAGGCCUUUCAUUUUGACCACGAGACUCUCAGCAAGGAGAUUGAGGCUGCUAAAGCAAGAGAAGGAGGUGGCACUGUUCUUGAACCAGACGAGGAAGAGGAUGCAGCAGAAGAUGAAGACCAGGCAAGUGACAAUGAGGACGCCAUGGAAACGGACAGUAAAGAUCAGCCGGAUGUUACCAAAGACACAGAAACGACUGAUGUUACCAUGGAAACAGACAGUGGCGAUGCAAAAGUUGCAAUCUGUGAAACCAAGAGGACGAUAACUCCCAAACUGCCUGCAGGAAUAGCCACUGGACUGCCUCAGAGCAAAGAGGAGCUGGAGUCUCUGAUCAGCGCCAUUCACCAGUCUGUUAACGAGAGUGUUUUGCCCCGACUGCAAAAGUGUCUAACUGCCAAGGUGCAAAGAGAUGAGGAGCACAAGGCAGUUAAAUCAAAGGAAGUGAAGGAUGAGGAGGUGGUUCGCAUCCCCAUUGCCUUUGCCAUGGUCAAACUAAUGCAGACUCUGCCUCCUCAUAUUAUGGAGGCCAACCUACCUGGAAUUUUAAUUAAAGUGUGUGUACUGCUGAGAAAUCGCUUCCAAGAGAUCAGGGAUGUAGCACGAGGAACUUUGGUGAAGAUUACAGAGACUUUGGGCAUCAGAUAUUUGCAUUAUCUGCUCAAAGAAAUGCAAGGAGUGUUGGUGAAAGGUUACCAGGUCCAUGUAUUGACAUUCACAGUUCACCAACUGCUGUCCACCCUCAGUCCAACUCUGAAGAGCGGAGACUUGGAUCCCUGUAUGAACAUGCUCAUUGAUAUCUUUAAUAAUGAGCUGUUUGGAUCUGUGGCUGAAGAAAAGGAGGUGAAGGGCAUUGUAUCUAAACUGAUGGAGGCCAGACACAGUAAAAGUAUGGACUCAUAUGAACUACUGGCCCAGUUCUGCAGCAAAGAGAGCAUCACCAAACUUAUCCUACCACUGAAGGAGAUCUUGGAGACCUCCUCCAGUCUGAAGGUGUGUAACAGAGUGGGGGCAGUGCUGCGCAGACUGAUACUGGGUCUGCUGGUCAAUAGUGGAAUGACUCCUCAGGACGUCCUUCUCCUCUGCCACGGUCUGAUCAGCGAGAGCUUGCCCCUCCUCACCAAGAGAGACAAAGAGAAGUCCAAAGCUAAGCCUCCUCCUGACCCCCGGCUGCCCCCUCCCAGCUGCCUCCUGCUCCCCCCGACCCCCAAGAGAGGAGGGCAGAAAGCCGCUGUCAGCAGCAGGACCAACAUGCACAUUCUGGUGGAUGCAGGACUGAAGCUUCUUCAUAUGAGCCUAAAAAGAGGCAAAGUGACGUCAUCUGAGGUCUCUGUUCUGGAAAUGCUGGACCCUUUUGUGCUGUUGCUGCUUGAUUGUACCGACUCCAUGCAUGUCAAGGUGAUCACUGAAGCCCUGGUUGGCUUGACUUGGCUGCUGAAGUUUCCUCUUCCUUCAGUUGAGUCAAACUCAGACCAGUUGACCAAACAGUUAUUUGUUUUGCUCAAAGAUUACUCUAAAGCUGGAGCAGCACGUGGAGAGAACUACCUCCUGGUUCAAAACUGCUUCAAGACCAUAACUGUGCUGGUGAAGAAUUCCAAAACAAACACAAUCUCAGAGACACAGCUGCAAGUGCUGCUGGGAUACGCCGAAGAGGACAUCUAUGACCAGUCCAGACAGGCCACUGCCUUCAGCUUACUAAAGGCUAUUCUGUCCAGGAAGCUUGUUGUUCCAGAGAUGGAAGAAGUGAUGAGGAAAGUAGCAAAACUUGCUGUUAAUGGUGGAAAUGCUAUGAUCAGGAUACACUGUCGACAGAUCUAUAUGAAAUACCUGCUGGACUAUCCUCUGGGGACCAAACUUAGACAUCACUUGGAUUUCGUGGUUGCUCAACUUUCUUAUGAACACGACACAGGAAGGGAGUCUGCUCUGGAAAUGAUGGCCUCUAUCUUUCAGUCUUUCCCUCAGAAAAUGUUGCAAAAAUACAGCACCAUGUUCUUUGCCCCUUUGGCUUUGGUGGUGGUGAAUGAUGACUCCGCUCGCUGUAAGAAAAUGGCCGCCAUGUCUAUCAAGGUUCUGAUCACUCAAAUCGACCAAAACCACAAAAAUCAUCUGUAUUCACUUGUGGAGACAUGGCUCAACUCUGAGAAGUCCACUCUGAAACGCCUGGGCGCUCAGAUUUGUGGUUUGUUUGUGGAGGUGGAGGAGGAAAAAUUCUCUAAUCGCCUCGAAAAGCUGUUACCGCUCAUAGAGAAAGAGACCCAUCCCGACAAUUUUGAAGAUAUUGAGGAGGAGCAGGAGGAGAGGGGAGCAGACCGGUUAUUGUUUACUUAUCUUACUCUCAUCACCAAACUGUGCAAACACUGUGGCUUUUUGGAGCUAACCAAGUCUCACAAAAUUCUGAUUAAAAUCUGGAGCCACACUGAGGCUCACCUGCGGCACCCUCACUUGUGGGUGUGGCUCACCGCCUCUCAGCUCUUUGGUCAGCUCUUCGCUGCACUGCAUCCCGAUCAGCUGCUCAGUCUGUGGAGAGAGGAAGAAGAGAGGGCAAAUCUACCAGCAGCAAAGGUGUUCAUCUCCAAUGCGCUGGACAAGAAGAUGAGAGAGUUGGCAUUGGCUUUUUGUUAUCAACUGCAAUCUAAGUACCUGGAUGUUGCUUCAGGAGAGCAAGUUAUCAAAAACUUGCUCUUUGUUGGCAAAAUUAUCUACCUCAUUUCUCCUGAGUCUGAUAUUACUUGGGCCACAGAGGAGGAAGUUAAAAUGGAGGAGGAUCAGAUGGAGAAGCAGGCAGAAGAGGAGGAAGAGAACGGGAAUGGUCUUGAAGAAGAGGAGAAAGAGGAGGAGAAAGAGGAAGAGGACAAAGAUGACCGACUGCCUUCACUUCUGUGGCUCAUAAACAAACUGUCCCUAAUGGCCAAAAGAGAAGCAGCGUAUUCACCUAAAGUGCCUCUCAAGAGAACUUGUGUGUUUAAAUUCCUCGGAGCGAUUGGUAUGGAUUUGGGCAAAGAGCGUCUGGGGCCUUAUCUGAAGACUAUCAUCACUCCUCUGUACAGAGAGCUGGACAGCACAUAUGCAGAUCAAGACCCCACCCUGAAGAACCUGGCACAGGAGCUGAUUGAGCUCCUGAAGAAGCAGGUGGGACUCGAGCGUUUCUCUUUGGCCUUUUCUGCCGUUCAGAGAGAGUUCUCCCAGAGACGUGCCGCACGAAAGAGGCACAGAGCCCAGCAGGCGGUGGCAAAUCCAGACAUAGCUGCUAAAAAGAAGCUGAAAAAGCACAAGAACAAAAUUGAAGCUAAAAAGAGGAAGAUUGAGUUUCUCCGACCUGGAUACAAAGCAAAGAAACAAAGGAGCCAUGCACUCAAAGACCUGGCCAUGGUCAAGUGAUGAACUCCUCAGACUUUUACCUGUGAACAAAAUUUCUUUCUGGACUUCUCUAAGAUAAAUUAUACACUUAAUAUUGUAUAAUGUGGAAAAAUAGUUUUUGGAAACAUUGAUCUUUUGUUGAAUCAAAUGUUUGUACCAUUGCUAAUGUUAUACUUAACUAUCCCUACUUCUGUUAUCAUUAAUACAAUGUAUAAACUUUCCUUAUUGGAGUCCCCAUCGAA